CACCGGAAGAAGCAGAAACAGGAAGCUGCUAGCAGAGCUAGCUUGUUGUUGUUCUGGUGUGUGGAGAGAAUAUUUGAGGCUCUGCAGUAAAAAAAUGUCUUCACUUCAGUCUCUGGGAGAGUUGAUCAGCUAAAGCGAUUAACUGCUAGUGCUGCAGAACUCUUCUCACCAGGCUGUGGAACUUUCUUCUCCUCCUCAACAACUUGGUGGAGUUCUUUCCGGAACCAGAGAAGUUAUUCUGCGGUCUUCGUGACAAUCGGAGCUCCAGAAUCAGGUUGUGGGUGUGAAAAGCUUUUCUCUAUAGACUUCCUGUCCUCUGGAUCUGCUGCUGUUCCGUUGGCCGCUCUGAGAAACGCGCUCGUUUUGCUGCUUUCAUCAGAUUGAAGAGGUUCCCUCUAUCAGACUCGCUCAUCUGAGUUGGUCAUGAUGCAGGAUCGCUGCUCGCUCUCUGAUCCAUCCUGCUCACACUCUCCGGAAAAGCCCCGAAUCUGAAUGUAACUCUGGAGGAAAAAGCGGUUAGCUCUACUCCGUGAACUCUGCUGUUAGCUAAACACGGCUAAAGAAAACCUGCUACCACUUCAGGAUCAUCCAUCCGCUGGGACUGAUUCAUCGUGUGUUCUUCACCACCUGGACCCGGACAGCAUGGACACAGAUGUUCAACAGAUGGUGCAGGUUAAAGAAGAUCCUGAAGAACAGAGUGCUGGUGUGGACCAGCAGGACCCAGAACACCUCCACAUAAAGGAGGAAAAGGAGGAGCUCUGGACCAGUCUUAAGGGAGAGCAUCUCCAUUUGAUGGAGGAGACUGAUUCUGCCAGGUUUCAUUUCAGUGCUGUUUCUAUAAAGCGUGAGGGUGAUGAAGAGAAACGUCUGUUUUCACAGCUUCAUCAGCAGCAAAUAGAAGACAGAGAUGUUCCAACCAGCAGCUCAGCUGACCAGAUGACAGCAGAAACUGAUGGAGGAGCAGGAACUAGCAGGAACCCAGAUCUGAACCCUCAUGAACAAACAUCUGAUUCUUCAGAGACUGAAGUUAAUGGAGAUGAUGAUAUGAAUCUAGACUCUGGGAUGUCAGACUCUGGGUCUGAAACUGGAGACGAAGACUAUGACUGGAAUGAGAAAAGGUCUUCUGAGUCAGAUGUUAAGACUGUCAACAUAUCCUUUAGCUGUCUUGAGUGCAGUGAACGAUUUCAUGACAAGCAGUCUCUCCAGAAUCAUGUGAGAGUAACCAGUCAUUCAGCAAUAAGGUCUUCCAGCUUUUUGGUUAAUAAGAAAUCUGUUAGACUUAAGCAACCUGUAGACUCAUAUAGGAAAGUCCAGAAAGAACUAAAAUCAUUAAGUUGUGGUGACUGUGGAAAAAUAUUUGGGAGAAAAUCAAAUUUAAACGAUCACAUGAGAAUCCACACAGGACAGAAACCUUUUGUCUGUGAGCUCUGUGGAAAAAGAUUUACCCAAAAGCCGCCUUUAGACAACCACACAAGAGUCCACUCAGGACAGAAACCUUUUGUCUGUGAGCUCUGUGGAAAAAGAUUUACCCAAAAGUCGACUUUAAACAAUCACAUGAGAGUCCACACAGGACACAAACCUUUUGUCUGUGAGCACUGUGGACAAAGAUUUACCCAAAAGCCAAAUUUAAACGAUCACAUGAGAAUCCACACAGGACAUAAACCUUUUGUCUGUGAGCUCUGUGGACAAAGAUUUAACCAUAAGUCAACAUUAACUGAUCACAUGAGAAUCCACACAGGACAGAAACCUUUUGUCUGUGAGCUAUGUGGAAAAAGAUUUACUCAAAAGUCGACUUUAAACACUCACAUGAGAAUCCACACAGGACAGAAACCUUUUGUCUGUGAGUUCUGUGGACAAAGAUUUACCCAAAAGUCAAAUUUAAACGAUCACAUGAGAAUCCACACAGGACAUAAACCUUUUGUCUGUGAGCUCUGUGGACAAAGAUUUACCCAAAAGUCAGGUUUAAACAGCCACAUGACAGUCCAUACAGGAGAGAAACCGUUUGCUUGCGAGUUCUGUGGACAAAGCUUUACCGAAAAGUCUGGUUUAAACCGUCACAUGACAGUCCACUCAGGACAUAAACCUUUUGCCUGUGAGCUCUGUGGAAAAAGAUUUGCCCAAAAGUUUAAUUUACACACUCACAUGAGAGUCCACACAGGAGAUAAACCUUUUGCUUGUGAGUUCUGUGGAGAAAGAUAUGGACAAAAGAAAACUUUAUUCAAGCAUAUGAGUGUCCACACAGGAUAGAAACCUUCUGUUUGUGAGCUAUUUGGACAUAUUUAAAGUGACAGUGUGUACUUUCCCUGGCAAUGGGGGCAGUACAUACCUAAAUGAUUGCAAGCAAGCAGUAUUUUUGUGUUCGAGUAAGACGUCACUAAUGUAUGGCUAUUGGGGUCAAAAACCUCUGCACUUUUCAAACAUGUACUUCGUCAGAUCUCUGCUGCUGGGGUGGGGGUUGGUUGUUUGUGCUCCCGACUGACCCACGUUCAGUUGUGUCAAGUAUUUUAGACUUCUGUGUUUUUACACUGCUUUUAACUCAUUCACUGCCAGCCGUUUCCUGAUCAGAAAAGCCCUUCGCUGCCAGCAUUUUUCAGCAUUUUCACUGUCUUUAAGAGUCACAGAAUGUUGCGUGGUAGGAUGAUGCCAACACCAAAACUAACAAAACAAAGAGUAGACUCACCUCUAAAAUCAGGAAGAAUCUGCGCGUUUCAAGCGUUAUCCGUUUUUUCAUAAUCCGUUGUUGAAUUGGGAUCGGCAGAAGCUUUUCCGGUUCGAGCCUCACUUUUUUACAGCAACGGCCCAAAACGAUCUUCUAACACAUGGAUUUUCUGCUUCCUGAUCACAUGAUGUGACGUACACAGAUGAAGAUAGGCUUUAGAGCUGGGUUGUUUGUUCUCACGGUGCGGGGGCUCAUUCUGACGCCCACACAGUAAAAAAAUUUGCAGUUAAUGAGUUAAAUAUUAUGGUGGUAGGGUUAGGGUCAGGGUUGAGGGGGUUACAGACAGAGUGACUUCUUACUAGGCUUCCAGCAACAAAAUGGAGUUUAAUACAACAUUUAGUUGACUUAAAAGUGCACUUAAAAGCACAACUUCUCUUCUUUUAGUAAAAGCAAUGUUUGGGAUCCUUAGCACAAAAGGCAGCUGGUUCUGACGGCAUAUCGAAACGUGUGCUGAGGGACUGCGCACAACAACUGGCUGGGGUUGUCACAAAGAUCUUCAACUUGUCAUUGUCCCUGGCUUCUGUCCCACACUGUCUGAAAUCCUCCACCAUAGUCCCCUUACCCAAAAAAAUCACCUGUAACCUGUUUGAAUGACUAUCGGCCUGUAGCACUCACUCAGUCCUGAUGAAGUGCUUUGAAAGACGGGUCCAGAGUCAAAUCAUGUCCUUCAUCCCUCCCAUCUUUGAUACUCAUCAAUUUGCAUACCGAGCUAACAGGUCUACUGAGGAUGCUGUAGCUGUUGCUCUUCAUGCUAUUCUGACCCACUUGGGGUAUCAUGGGAACUACCGUAAAUCCUCUAAUACAGGCCGGUAUUCAAUUAGAGGCCGGGUCUCCAAUUUUGGCCGGUGUCAGAGUCAGCGGAGGUAAAUAAUGGCCGGUCUCUUAUUGUGGCCGGAUUGGAAUGUGGUAACAAGCAAGUACGAGCGUCCCAGCGGCAGGGUUAUAGUUCCCAAAUCAACCAGCAGGAGGCAGUAAGGGUUCACGCAGACCUUUAUUAGGCUUUUUCUUCAACGCUUUGUAACAGCUACAGACAUGAUCCUCUAUCACGCUCCUACCACACAGAGUCACGGUGUCAGUUAACCAUGCUAAUUCAACCCGCUCCACAGAACACACAUCACCUUCCCUGUGGCUUACAUAACACUCACACAACACGUAAAUCAGCACAUAGGAACUAGCAGAACGAUAGGAAACACAUAUAACACAAUACCCAGAAUGCACCUGGCUUACAACCCCAGCCAGGUCAUUACACUGCAGAACACUCUGGAGAGCAGCAGAAGGGGGUGUAUGAACUACAGUAAUCCUUCGUUUAUCGCGGUAGAUGCGUUCCAGACCUGGCCGCGAUAGGUGAAAAUCCGCGAAGUAGGGACUCCCAGCAUGCCCCUCGCGGGGAUUCCCUCCACGUCGCACCUACGUCACAAACCGCGGCUAUAAACCAAACGGAAGUCGCCUUUCCAGCUCACCACUCAGUCAUCGUUUCUUCAGAUUCAUGAUCAGAGUUUCCAACCUACCAAUCAAUCCAACGAACUAUCAGCUCAUAGUAAGUUAUCUUACUUACUUCUGGAAAGCCCGGCAUUUCCGUGUCACUUCGUUGACACUCGAACGCUCGGGGGUUUCCUAGAGCAGCCGGCGUUUCACCGACGCUUAUCACUUCCGCGUCUGUGAAACCACGCUCCCUAUUGAAUUAUCGUAUGAUCACAUUCUCUGUGAUCAGCAACGCGCUGUGCCAGACCGUAGCUACUGACACGCGAUCGUUCAUGUCGGUUCAUUUCCUUUAAUGUUUUCUGUCUUUUAUUUGCGCCUGAUGUGUAUCGCUGCUGUGGAGCGGGGCGCAUCAACUUGUCCUCCGACUCACAGAUCCAUGAUGCGGCCGGCAAGCAGGGAGCGCUCAGCUGUUUUCGCGGUCGGUAGAUCUGCCUCCUGAGCACGGCCACAGUAACAAUCAGGUGUCGCCACCUCAAAAACUAAUUUAACACGCGAUCGUUCAUGUCAGUUCAUUUCCUUUAAUGUUUUCUGUCUUUUAUUUGCGCCUGAUGCGUUUCGCUGCAUGCUGUGGAGCGGGGCGCUGCGUGCAUCACCUUGUCCUCCGACGCACUGAUCACUGAUACGGCCGCCAAACAGCAAGCGCUCCGCUGUUUUUGCGGUCGGUAGAUGUUUUAGAACUGCAGUUCAAAGGUAACUCAUGAGGUGAAUAUAUAUGAACCCAGGUAGCAGUUUUUCUUUAGGAUUGAGAGGAGAUGCAAGAAGAUAAUAAACAGACAGGACAGAAAAAUAGUCAAAUAAAAACAAGUUAGUUUUUGUGCCUGCUGUUGCAACAAACAGACACCAUUGAAGGUAAUCAGAAGUGAGGAACAGAAAAUGAAAUAAUUAUUUUAAUGUUUAGAGCAGCAGGAACUCCGAGAGGCUGCAGGUGCAUCAGUGAGUUUGCGGCCGCUGCGCAGGGGGAGGGGGGAGAGGGCUGAGGCAGAAACUACCGUUGUUAAAAGAAAUGUGUUUAACUUUGAAAAUGUGGGCGCAAUUUUAAUUGUCAAAAACUCCAGCGAACCAUUAGUUCAUUUUGCUCAAAUAGAAAUAGAGGCCUGUCUCUAAUACUGGCCCUCCUUCCAAUAAAGGCCUGGAGCUUGAUGAGCUUGAGUCAAAUACAGGCCCGGGCCUGUAUUAGAGGAUUUCCGGUAUGCACGCCUCCUCUUUGUUGAUUUCAGCAGUGCCUUCAACACUAUCCCCCCUGACAGACAGGUGUGCAAACUGUCAGACCUGGGACUCCCAUACCCCACCUGUCUUUGGAUAAAGGACUUCCUGACAGAUCGUAAACACAGGGUCUGGGUGGGCCCCCACAUUUCCUCAGCUAUCACCGUUAGCGCUGGCUACCCCCAGGGCUGUGUUCCGAGCCCCCUGCUCCUUACUUUGUACACCCACGACUGUGCACCCAUUCAUAACAGCAACAUCAUUGUGAAAUUCGCAGAUGACACCACUGUGGUGGGGCUCAUAUUGGGAGGGAGAAGAGUCUAUGGAACUAGGAUUGGGACAAUAUUCAGCGUAACUUUUACCAAGUUUUGUAACUUCGAACAUGUUUCAUCACAUGUAACUUUGGAUUCGUAACUUGUAACUUUGGAUUCAUAACUUGUAACUUUAGUUUCCUAACUUGUAAUUCUCAAUUCGUACUUGUAUUUCUUGUUUUGUAACAGGAACAUUGUAUUUUGCACAUGUAUUUUUUAUUUUGUAAAAUCAAACUUUUAUUUUGUACAUUUACUACUCAUUUUGUAACAUCAAACAUUCAUUCAGAAACAUGAAACUUUCAUUUUGUAACUAGCAGACUUCCAAAUUGAAAAAAUCAAGGUACAAGUUUGAAAUCAAAACUCUCAAAACACACAUUUCAUUCUACAGGUACAAACCAAAUCUACAGUGUUACGAAUCUCUUUGUCUCGAUUCUAGCGUCAGUGGGAGGAACUUGGGUGGAACCAAUGAGAGCACGAGUCUUAGCUACCAAUCACGUUUCUCGAAUUCCUGUCCAAUCAUUGGGAGAGGAGGGCAGGGUUCUGUGAGAGCUGUAGAGUUACGACACUCUUUGAACUCGCGGUCACGUCGUUCACGGAGCUCCCAAACAUCCCACAGCGCCGUUUGAAUGGUGUAUGGUGGGACUAAUCACAAAAAAUUUAUAUAAUCACACUUCCCUUGGCGAUUUGUGGUAAUUAUUGAAUAAUAUUAUAUGUUAUAUUAUAUAUUAUGUCCUAACUCCCAGGGGCGGCGUUAGGCCCGACUACUUGGGCUGAAGCCCCGGAUGUUCUAUGAAAAGCCCCGGAUCUAAAUCGCGGAAGUAACAUGCAGUACCAAAGUCCAACAGAGAGGGAGCAGCUGGCAGUAGUUUGUAUAUAGCCUGCCUGAGCCUCCACCACUGCAGAAGAAGCCCUUCAGCAGCCGGCUUCUUCUACACACUCUGCCUGAAACCCAUGAGUGAAGACGGACAUAAGGACGUUUUUUAGACAAAAAGUACUGCGACAGAACCCCAGCUUGGAUGAGACUGGUGUUGACUCAGGUUUGUGAGUCUUAUUUCAAAAUAUUUGUUGUGCUGCUGGUUUGCCUAAAGUUAGCUUACUAUCAGGUAAAGUUGUUGGAGAAAGAAAGGGAAUAUUUACUAUCAUCUCACACUAAACACUAACAGGAACAAUACUCUGCCCUGAAAAUGCUUAAUAUGUAGCUUCAGAUUAAAAAUUAUGUGAAACAAGACAUAUACGAUGUUGACUAGUGCGUGUCACGUGUGUGUGUGCGCGUGUGUCUGUUAAGCCCCGGAUAUUAUUCAGUCCUAAAUCCGCCCCUGCUAACUCCUCCACAAAGUAGCCUAUUUACAUUUCUCCGAGCAUUUGUAGGAAGACAAACACCCGUGACUGUUCUACAUUACAGGAACACGACAGUCCUAACACCCUGUAGAACACAUUUAGACCACAUACAUUACUAUAAUAUAUUAUAGCAAUACAUUUGAUGUAGUAAUGCAACACACUGCUCUAAUAUAAGCAUAUUUAAUAACUUUAAGUCCUACAAGAAGCCCUAAACUCGAGUUGUAAUAUCCAUUUUAAAGUGUUUAUUGAAAGCUAGAAUUCUGCUCCAGCUUACCUUGAAGAAAAUAUGUAGCUGUUUAUGCUUUGAAUGAUGAUCUGUUAUGUUCAGUAGAAUAUAUUUUACAGUCAUUACUUUAUAUUUUUAUGUGAAGACAGUACAUGCAUCUAUAACCCAGUUUAUCUGGCUUCUAUAGCAACUAAUAAAAAAGAAAAUUUCAAUAAAACUAUGGUUCAUCACAGUAGAUAAAAAAGUGCCAACUGUGAAAAAAUGAACACCAAACUUGUACAACAUGUAUAAAAGCAUUUUUAAUAAAGCAUUUGACCAACA